AGAAUACCAAAACGGCGGGUAGAGAGUGGGAAAUUCCGAGUGACGACGAUACCAAACACCCAUGUAAUCGUUCACUUCCUCGGCAUAUUCGACGAAGGAUUCUGAAGGACCUCUCGCUGGACCGGCUGCCGCAUCUAUAGGAAGCCUCGAUCGAGAGAAGAAAUAAGCAUAUUGCAACAAACAAGAAGCAAGAGAAAGUGAGAGAGACCAGACCAAGCAUCAAGAUGCCGGCGAUCUCCGUGGCCUCGUUCUUUCCAACCCUAACGUAUUCCAACCUCCGGCUACGCAGCAGAACUGUUGGCGUAACCUUUGCAAACUUACGCCAAGAAACUCUUUCUUUUGGAGUCCAAAUUACAGAAGGUACAGGAAAGUUACCAAAGGUUGUGCUGACUUCUGAUCAUGGUAGUGAGGCUGAGGUUUAUCUAUUUGGGGGCUGUAUAACAUCAUGGAAAGUUGUGAAUGGCAAAGAUCUCCUUUUUGUUCGACCAGAUGCAGUAUUCAAUGGCCAGAAACCAAUAAGCGGAGGCAUCCCACAUUGUUUUCCACAGUUUGGACCUGGCCCUUUGCAGCAGCAUGGGUUUGCAAGGAACAUGGAUUGGUCUAUUGUUGGCUCUGAUAAUGUGGAAGGAAAUCCUCUUAUAACACUGGAGUUGCGUGAUGGUCCUUACAGCCGCUCUAUGUGGGAUUUCAGCUUCCGAGCCUUGUAUACAGUCAAAUUAUACUCAAGGAGACUUUCAACAGAACUAAUAAUCACAAAUACAGAUAACAAAUCCUUCUCCUUUAGUACUGCAUUGCAUACUUACUUUCAUGCUUCUGUAACCAAAGCAUCAGUGAAAGGACUGAAAGGUUGCAAUACGCUGAACAAGGACCCAGACCCGACUAAUCCUGUGGAGGGUACAGAGGAUAGGGAUGUGGUCAAUUUUCCAGGAUUUGUGGACUGUAUUUACUUGGUUGCUCCCUCUGAGUUGCAACUUGACAAUGGGUUGGGUGAUCUAAUAUCCAUCAAGAAUACCAAUUGGACAGAUUGUGUCUUGUGGAACCCUUAUUUGCAGAUGGAAAACUGCUACCAGGACUUUGUCUGCGUUGAAAAUGCAAAGAUUGGAAAAGUUCAGCUAGAGCCUGAGCAAUCAUGGGUAGCAGAACAGCAUCUUAGCAUUGGAUGAAUUGAAGCUUACGAGGUUCUCAAAACUAGCCCUUGUUGCUUUUUAUUGGUUCCUUUUUCAACAAGCUUUUAGUUUCUUAAUAACUGUUGUAACUUAAGUCUCCAGAAAGAGUUGAGUUUUCCAAGGUUCUCUAAUAAUGUCAGUUUUGUUGAUAUUAUAUGAAUAUUUUAUGCAAUUGGACACAUGAACCUUCACUCUCUUCA